UUUUUUUUUUUGUCUCUCCCUCUUUCUCUCUCCAUCUUUUUUCUCUUUGUCUCAUCUUUCUAAUUGUUUUAUUAUUAUUAUACAUUCUUUUUGUUGAAAUAAAAAAAAUGACUAUUCAAAAAGAUAAACCAACUGUACUUAUUCUUGGAGGUACUGACUUUAUUGGUCGUCAUUUGGUUCAUUAUUUAGUCACUCAAAACUUGACUUCUCAUAUACGCGUUGCUGAUAAAAUGUUACCUCAAACUGCUUAUCUAUCAAAACAACACGAACAAGCUUUUGAAAAGAUUGAAUUUAAACAAGCUAAUUUGGUUAAUCCAGCUUCUAUUGCUUCUUGUUUUCAACGCGACGAUAAUACUGAAUUUGAUUAUGUCUUCAACUUUGCUGCUGAAUGCAAGUAUUCUCAAGUAGAAGAAGUAUAUCAAGACCGCAUUUUGAACCUCUCUGUUAACUGUGCAAAGGAAGCUGCUAAAAGAAAAAAUAAAUUCUAUCUCAUGUUAUCCUCUGCUGAAGUUUAUGAUAGUGAUCAGGUAGCCUCCAAAGAAUCAUCAAAAAUCAAACCAUGGACUGUGGUUGCCAAAUAUAAAUAUCAAGCUGAAGAACAAUUAAAGAAAAUGGAAGGAUUGAAUUUAGUGAUUCUUCGUCCUGCUGUUACUUAUGGUCCAGGGGCUAAUACAGGCUUGACUCCUCGUCUCAUCAUUGGUCGUGUUUACAAACAUUUGAAUGAAGAAAUGACUUUACUAUGGUCUAAGGAUUUGAAAUUGAACACUGUACAUGUCAAUGAUGUGGUUAGGGCAUGUUGGCAUUUGGCUUUAUGGUAUCAAUCAACAGAACAUCCACAAGUACCUAUCUUCAAUUUAGCUGAUAAACAAGAUACAGAUCAAGAGACUAUCAAUACCCAUUUACGUGCCAUUUUUGGCAUUCAAACUGGUUAUCAUGGUAGUGUUGUCUCAACAUUUGCCAAGCUUAAUUUAAAUUCAGUAGUGGAAGAUAUCAACGAAAAACAUUUACAACCAUGGGCAGAUAUUUUGAAAGCCAACAACGUUCAACAUUCACCAUUAUCACCCUAUUUGGAUCCAGAAUUAUUAUACAACAAUGCUAUCUCUGUCGAUGGAACUGCGAUCGAAGAAAGAACUGGAUUCAAGUACUCGGUACCUUAUCUCUCCAAGGAAAAUUUACAACAAAUCAUUGAUGAAUUCAAAGCAUUGAAUCUUUGGCCGUGAAAGAAGUAAGAAAUGGAUAGAUACUUGGACUAGUUCAAUUUGGUUUGUUUUCAUCCAUCCUUGGUUUUAAUUUUUGUUUUAGUAUUGCUAUCCCUUAUUAUUGAUUUAUUUUUAUUACCCCUUCAUUAGUGUUCUUACUAGUCUAUUUACCUUUUUUUUUUUUGUCGUUUAUCUAUUAUUAUUACUUUUUUUUUAUUUUUAUUUUUUCCAUCUACUUUUCUUAGCAUAGAAAUAAACAUUUUCCAUUUACGAUCCA